AACAGAACCGCUUGUUCAGGACGUUCCAACAAGAUGGAACUCCACCCUAGAGAUGAUCAAGCGGAUCCAGAGAAACAAAUCUGGGCUGACCACCAUCCUGACUCAACAAAACAGCAAGGUGACCAUGUUGACUGACCAGGAGCUUGACAGACUGCAAAAGCUGGAGGAACUACUUGAACCUUGCAGAUAUGUUACCGAACUGCUGGGGGGAGAGCGCUAUGUCUCCUGUUCCAUGGUGUUGCCAGCCUUGUGUCAUUUGUUCAGUAUUAUGGAGCCCUCAGAUGAUGACCCAGUCUACGUUUUGAGGUUUAAGAAGGUUUUUACCACAGACCUAGCUCAGCGGAGGGCCAGCAGCAAUCUCACAUGGCUGAAGAUCGCUACUGCCCUUGAUCCCAGGUUUAAAGACCUUAAAUGCCUUUCCACAGAUGAAAGAAGAGAGGUGUGGGCAUCAGUACAUGACCUUCUGAUGGCAGAGACGGAUGCACACCAACCAUCUGCUCAGACAACAGAGGAACCAUCACCAAAGAAGAGCAAGAUGUCCAUCUCCUUGCUGGGUUCUCCUGAUUCAGAUACAGAGGAAGAGGAAGAUGCUAUAGACUGCUGUCUGAAUCUGUACAAAGCAGAGCCCAAAAUUGACACAGGAGAGUGUCCACUACAGUGGUGGUUAAAGAGAGAAGGAGCACAUGCCAGGCUGGCACCUAUUGCACGCAAGUACCUGUCAACCCCUGCAACCACAGUGCCCUGUGAGAGCUUAUUCUCACUCUCAGGUCACAUCAUUCAUAAGAAGCGUACUUCUUUGUCAUCAGACAAUGUAAACAGAAUAGUCUGCCUCAGUAACUGGCUGAGUGCAAAGAAGGACUAAGCCAGAUUGCUCCUUUAAAGUGAAAAAUGUUCAAUAUUCUGGGUUUUCAGCUGU